CAGGCCGGAGCCCGAGGAGGAGGAGGACGAUCUGGGCCUGGGGAGAGAUGUGGACGACCACUCCAACCCGGACAGUGAGAAGUGGGUGGCGGGGGACGGGAUGGAGGAGCAGGAGUUCUCCAUUAAGGAGGCCAGCUUCGCCCAGGGGAGUCUGAAGCUGAAGAUCCAGACCACCAAGCGGGCCAAGAAGCCCCCCAAGAGCCUGGAGAACUACAUCUGCCCCCCCGAGAUCCGCAUCACCAUCAAACAGCCCGGCGAGCAGAGGGGGGCCAAGCAGGGCCGCAGCUGCAGGGGGGCCAAAGACGAGGACAAGCCCCUGCCCAGAAGAAAGACCUAUGAGAAGUGCUUCAGGUCUCCUGAACCAGAGGAUAGAAGUGAUCCGGUGAACUUCCUGGGAGAGUCAAUGAAACCAAAGCACCUGCCCAAAAGCACUCUGAAGCACCAACUGGAUUGGACAAAGACACAAGCAAGGGGGUCUACAUCUACAUGCCAAGGGAACAUGAUGGAUUCCGAACCAAGAAAAGAAGCAGGCAUUAAUAAGAACUCUCUCCCUGAUCUGACAAGCACCCACACCAAAACAACACAGCUGAAGAAGGUCUCAGAGAGCCCAUCUCUCAUUCAUUUCACCCCUGGAAUGUCCAGCCAAAUCACCGGCUCACUAAUUCAACCAUCUUCUGUGUCUAAUGGACCGCUGACCUCACAGCCGGACAGUGGUCAGAUGACGGUCACUUCUUUGAACAAAGAGAGAUGCUUGCAGGAAGUUGCUGAGCAAGUGUUUGGGAACAUCAAGAGGAAGUACGGCCGGAAAGACUCGACGAGGACCCUGAUGGCCCAUGGCUCAGAUCACCAUUGGAGUAAAAAGCCUGAGAUCGACUUUAAACCCAAAACACAGGAUGAGAAGCACCCUCGAGAUCCAGAGAAGGUGAUAGAUGGGGAGAGUGCUGGAAAGAGUGCAGAAGGAGACAGUGAGAUUCUGCCGAGAUCCCUUCCUCUGCCGAUGGAUGAAUCUAAAGUGCACCCGGGGAGAAAGAGAAGAUAUCGACGAUCACUUAAAGAUCAAAUGCCUUUAGAGGAUUUAGCAGAGGAGACACUGACCUCUGAAAUCACAGAGAAGGCCGAAAGAGGUUUUACAGAGCCAAAAGCACCCAGCAAGAUGGAGUCAAGGGUAGCAAAAUCUGUGGUGGAGAGACAGCCAGAUGUGGAGCAAGUGGCAGCAGUAACUGCGGCCGAUCUUGCUGGGAUCUGUCCAAAUAGGCCAAGGAAGAACCCAGUGGGAAGGCCCAGAACAGUCCAGUCCCAUCCAGGAAAGCAAGAGGCUCUGAAGCAGCAGACACUAAAGGGAAGGUGGUCAUAUCUGAAGUCCAAAACCUCCUCUCACCAGAAAGACAACAGUGGUCCAACAUCGGCUGUCCCAGAGCCUCCUUCCGCCUAUCCCAUCACACCCUCCAGCCCGCUCUACACCAACACCGACAGCCUGACCGUCAUCACACCUGUCAAAAAGAAGCGGGGCCGACCCAAGAAACAGCCUCUGCUUACAGUCGAAACCAUUCACGAGGGAACGUCUACCAGCCCUGUGAGCCCCAUAGCCAGGGAAUCAUCUGGAACUGUGAAGAAACGAAGGAAGAGGCGUAAUUUAGCAAAAUUGGUACAAAUGACUACAAUCAAUGCAGCCCCAAGUAAACAACUGAAGCUCAAUAAAAAAACAGGCUAUGCUGGUGUCCUGGACAAGAAGACCAUUCAGACGGUCAACAAGAUGAAAUUGGUUACAAUGCAGAACAUCUUGAAUGAAAUUUGGUCAUGUUCUACUAAAAGCAACCUAGGACUAAAGUCUAUGGCUCCCAUGUCAAAUGCAGUUUCAACUAUGGCAUCGACAAUUGAGGCCCGGCUGGGCAAGCAGAUCAAUGUUAGUAAGAGAGGAACGAUAUACAUUGGCAAGAAGAGGGGUAGAAAGCCAAGAGCCGACAUGAAGGUCCAGCAAGAUGAGCACAAAGCCAGUGAGAAGCACCCCGUGCCUGUUUCUAGCCAGUAUGAGAACCUUGUAGUGCCUUCUAAUCCACCAACUACAGCCGCGAUGCCUUCUCCCCGGGCUAUGCAGCCGCUCUCUGUCCAAGCUGCAGGAGCUAGCGGGAUGCUAGGCCCCGCCGCAGCAGAUACCAGCCUGCAGGACCUGAAGACCAUGCCAAAUCUGCAGCCCAUCAGUGCGUUGCCCACAAAAGCUCCCAAGGGCUUGCACAGCAGCAACUGGAAGCUCUCUCCUCCACGGCUCAUGGCCAAUUCGCCUUCUCAUCUCUCCGAGGUGGCAUCUCUCAAAGAGGUCACCUUGUCCCCUGUGAGCGAGUCCCACAGUGAGGAAACGAUUCCAAGUGACAGCGGGAUCGGCACGGACAACAACAGCACGUCUGAUCAAACAGAGAAAGGUCCAGCGUCCCGCAGGAGGUACUCUUUUGACUUCUGCGGCCUGGAUGCCUCUGAUGUUGCUGCGUUGGAGGCAAGGAACAAAGCCAUGAGAGGGCACUGUCCGAAGCACGUCACCACAGUGGCUGUGGAGAAUUUCCUCACCCAGGAGAGCCUGAAGAAGCAGAAGCAUCGCCGAAAGCGUAAGGGUCUUCAGAGCCGGGAUGACAUUCAGUUUCUGGCCGACCUCGAGGAGCUUAUCGGAAAGUUCCAGGUCUUCCGAAUCUCUCAUCGCAGCUACAACUUUUACCAUGAGAAUUCGUAUCCAAGCAUCUUCCGGAUCAACUUUGACCACUACUACCCUAUGCCGUACUUUCCUUACGACCCUCUGCACUAUCUUCGCAGGAAUUCGGAAAUUAAGUCAAAGAGGAGACGCGGUAGGCCGGCCAAAGCCAAUGAGCCAAUGACGAAGAUGCCUUUCAUUCAAGGGUUUGGCUACCCGAUUCCCAGCGGCAAUUACUAUGCACCCUACGCAAUGCCUUAUACGUCGAUGCCUAUUGCCACCAGUAUGAUGAACCUGGGCUAUUAUGGUCAGUAUCCAGCUCCGGUGUACUUGUCCCAUGCCGUUGGAUCAGCAAGUUCUCCAUUCAUGAGGCCAGCAGUCCCCCCACCCCAGUUCCAUCCUGGUGCCCAUAUGAAGUUGGCAGCUGCUGCCGCUAAACACAAAACCAAGCAUGGUUCCCACCAGAUGCCGGCAGCUGGAAUGGAUAAUGCUGAGCCCACCUUGGUGCCUCUCAAAGGUGGCACCAGCAGCUUGCCAAGUGUACGGCUCCACAAACGCAAACACAAACACAAGCACAAACACAAGGAGGAUGAGCUCUGCAGUCCCCAGAGGGAAGACUUGGGUGGGCUCUUCAGCGGGGCGAAGAAGCCUGGCAUCCUGGGCCUUCUGAACGAACGGCAGGAGGUAUCAGACAAAGAGCCCUCCCUGACUAAGCUGAAAGACAAGCAGCGGAUUCAGCAAAGCACAGACAUGCUGUCGAGAAGCUCUCGGAACAUCUUCGAAGUGGACACCCUCUCCACUCUGUCCCUGUCCGAUCCGCAGCAGUGCAAGCGCUCCCGCGACCUCGGAGACACAAUGGGGAACCUCCAUGCCGCCUGCACCCGCCGACACUCCGAAAGCCUGCGGUCCCGACACGAGUUGCCCCCAGAGCUGUUCGGGGGGAUGCAGCCUCCUCGAGAGGAAGAAUCCGCCGUACGUGGCAGGAGGCGGAGCUUGGAGAGCUUUGGGAUGUACAGGGAACAAAAUGUGGUGCCGUUCCAAAACGUCAGGAGGGAGACGGCACAGCAGAUAUUCCACUGCCCAAGUCCUUCGUUGGCAGAACAUAAUCCCCUGAAGAGGAGGUUCAAGCGGAAGGAGGUCGAGGAGAUCCAGUGUGAGGUGCGCAAGAUGUGCACCUUCUCCAAGAUCCUCUCCACCAAGAAGAACCUGGACCACGUCAACAAGAUCCUGAAGGUCAAGAGGCUGCAGCGGCAGGCCAAGACGGGCAACAACAUGGUGAAGCGGAGACGGGGGAGGCCCAGGAAGCAGCCUCUGCUCCCGGACGAGGAUCCCGUCGGCCCCAUGCCCGUGCUGGAACGCUGUGGAGAUCUCCCCGGGAAGAGGCCGCUCCGGACGGGAAUGCCACCAGGACCGCUGGAGUUCUCCAACCACGACUCCAUCUCGGACACCAUCGAGGAGGUGGUGCAUAUGGCCCGGGCGAGGGCCAAUCAGCCGCUGCCACCCGGGGGGAAGUGCUGGACCAAGGCUGCGGCGGGAGGGGAGGAGGGUCGCGCCAAGCGGCCGCGGAGGGGGCAGGACGCCGGAGUCAGCGGGAGGAAGCCUGGAGGCUCGGGCAUGUCACCGUCCAAUUACUGAACGCCGCGCCUGCCGUCUGAAUCCUCCUUGCACUUUGGCCUUCGUUGUUGCUGUCGUAAUUUUUUUUUGUUAUGGUUGUUUGUUGGUUGGAUUUUCUGUUAUUCAGCUAUUAUGGGCAUUCAUGGAGGAUUGGGAUCGAGAAUGUGGGACACCAUUUCAGAGCUGUCGCUUCGUUCUGAACGCAAUUCCCACGCAGCUCUUUCGACAUUUGUGUCGAACUGGCAUCCCGCGAAGCUCCGCCUUGCUCCUAACUGUCGUCUUCGUUUCACGAUUUCUCCUAAAUGUGGCUCUGCCAUACCUUUACCAGCAAGUAUUGAAAAGAUUUAUUUGCUCAUACUGUGGUUCAUUUGCCUUGGAUUUCUAAUCUUGUCGAAGCACAGCGAUAUUUAGUGUGCUGACCACUUUUUAUUUUUCACCAGUAACCCUGCCCCCUGACCUAGGGCAGGUGGCAAUACUUUGGAAUAAGACCUUUUCUGGAUGCUGUCUCCUAAAGGCCUAACUGUACAUAGGAACAUAAUCUUCAUACGAUACAUGCCUUUUCUCCUUACAACAUGUUUCAGAAAGUAUUUUUGACGUACUGAUUUAAAUAGUGAAGUGUUGUACCCUAAAAAAUGAAAGUUGGGUAUUAUUUUAACCAAAAAAUGUAAUGGGUGUGACUCGAGACAAGUCUGUUUUCAGAUGAAAGAAUCCAUAUUCAGUCAUUCAUUCCCUCGUUCAUUUAUUCACCCAUUAAUAUGAAGCAGGUACGCCGCAUAUAUGGAAGUAUCAGGCUUGUUAAAGAAAUAUCACCUACUUAAAAUGUCUUCUUUUUUAUAUUUAGAUGUAUUGUAUUUGCCUCCACUUAAAGUUCUAUUAAAUGAAUCCAUUUCAGCACUUACAGAGGUACUCAGCCCUCUGCUAUAUUGGCUAUCAAUGUUACAUAUUGUUUCUGGUACCAGUUCAUAGUCAACCUCUACAUUUAUAGUCCUUUUACAAAAGUAUUAAUCACCUUCAUAACUGAAGUGAAAAACACAUAGAAGACACAAUGCGGUUGCAAAAUACUUGCAGGUUGCCGUCCUUCACAAUAGGCAUUUGUUUCCGUAAAUGAGAAACCAUAGAAAAAGAAAGAAUUAGCUUUCUAAGCAGCAGCUUUGAAGCAGAUCCAGAAAUGUAGGUUUGGUGAGAAAUCUGAAUUGUAGUACAAGCACAGUAUCAACAGUACAUUUGCCAAGUGAGUUGGCAAAACAUGAGCUCUUCGAGAAGUUUGGCCUAUGCAGUUCCCCUGUGAUUAAAUUCACUCCAGAACAAUGUAACUAGAUAAAUAAAUGAUCUAAAAAAUCAUGUGUUUAAAUCUAAAAAGUUUCAAAGGUGUGUGCAUCAGAAGGUUUUCUUUGGUCUGUUUUCUUUCACACAGUUAUGGUGGCAUUACAAGUUUGCUCAUAAACUCACAAGGAUAAAAUGCAAAGGUUACUGCUUACAGAACCAGAUGAAUAAGCACUAUGAUUAAUUAUUUUUUUACUUCAUGUUGCAAAGAAAAAAACAUAGAUAGGACAUUGCAUUGUAGCCUAGUACUUCCCUGAUACUUCCUUCACCCAUCAUAACCGUUUUGGAAAACGUUUUUCCACGUCCAUUUUCAUCAUCCCUGCUGUUGGUUUUGAUGGGAGUUGAGCAGGAAAAGUAACAAUCAAUCUGUCAUCGCUUCGUUUGGAAAACCCAUCCGCACAUUCCCCAGUAUCUCUUCUUUGGUGAGACUGCUCCAGAGUCUCUGAGCCGUUACGCACGUGCCUUAUGUUUGUUUCCCAACGCAUCGCAUUUCAUUGGGAGGAAUUCAUCCUUUAGAAAGAGAAACAUCCUGUAAUUCCUACUGUUGUUGUUAUUGUCCGUUCAGCUGUCAUAGCUCCCAGAAAAUCACUGCAAGCUCUGUUUCCAGUCACCAAAAUACACGUUCAUGUCUGCACACCUCUCAGUUUUGAGUACUGAAGGAGUCUGGUUCUAGCAAAUUGGUACACUGAUUGGAUUAAUGGAGGUGGCACACUGUGGCAUUUUGGGACAGGAAGCUUGUACACUCACCCCGUACAACGAAAAGCACUCCCCUCCACACUUCCCUUGUGAGUGUUGUUCAUCAUCAGCCAUUUUGUUUUGUGGCGUUCCCACUUCCUCGUUUGCUAUGCAUCAGGUUUAUACCAGCAAACGCGAUGGGCGGACAGAUUCUCCAAAACCUUUUUUGGGUCAAUCCGUGAUAGCUUUCUGUUUUGGGUCCACCCUUUGACAAAGAUAAUUAAGUGGUCUUAUUUAACUUUAAAAAAUGUAAUUAGAGUAAUUAUAAUUUGAAUUGAUAAUAAUAUUAAUAACGAUUUUUAAAUUGUGCAAAAGGUGACUAUCAUUGCAGCUGUUAUUACUGCAAAGAACUGGGAUGUUCUGUCUUUCUGCAGUGGAGCCUUAAUCUGAAUUUCCAUUCAACUAUGAGUCGACUGUAAAUAGUGUAUAAAGCGUACUGAUCUCACUGCAUGGAUGCAAGCUUUGCGUAACUUAAACGUGGGAAUGUUCAGCCGUCAAAAUGUCCGCUUGAGGCCUGCGCAGGGCUUUAAUGCCUGAAAUAUUGCUCCGAGCCCCGUGCUGUCGAGACAGAAGUCAUCUUGUGCCGUUUCUCAGCCAAGAAAGAUAUGUUGAAUUGGCGAGCAGCUAUUCCCCACAGUCUGUAGUACAAAAACAGCAUGCAGGCCUACUUGGUUUGGGAGAGGCUUUCAAUACCCCUGGAAAACAUUGCCAAAAAUGAAGAAUUAUUUCCAUUAAACAGUAUUUAAUCUAGAGCCAUUCAAAGUUCAGUUUGUAAGAAGCCGAAUCUGAAUGUCAUUUUUAACCAAAAUAUAACUUACAAAAAUGAUGAUGAUUUAUGUACCGUUGUUGUUUGUCAUUCAGGAUGUUGGAGAGGGAAUGCGGGUUAGGGAGGGGGGGUAAAUAGGCUAGUCUAAUCACAAAACGAGCAUUCUUCUUAAGCAGCUAGUUAUUGUGUUGAGGUUUAAAAUACCAGAUAAUAUUUUGCUCUACCAGCCGAUGUUCCGGUGCCUUCUAAAGCUGAAUAGUAUUCUCUUUAUCUGGUCCUUAAACUCAAACAAGUAAAGGUGAUAGUGAUUUCAUGUAAAGUACUCCACAUAUGCAUUUAAGAAGUCGAUUGGUAUGUCUGUGUGUAAUGGAAUAAAUUGGCACUACAAAACUCAAUCCAGACUGUGAAACACUAAAGUGGUUAAAAAAAAAAAAUGCUCAUGCUCACAUGAACACAGGCUGCAUAAAUCUUUUUAUUAUUAUUCUUUUUUUUUUUUUUUUUACUAUAAUGGUGUUUAAAAAUAAAGUGCAAAUUAAGUAUUGAGAAAAUAAAUGAACAGAACAGUGUACAUUGCAAGAGCACAAAUUGAGCUCUAAAUUGUGUGGGCAUAUUUUAGUUUGUAUACAUAGUGUUUUUAACUGCUUUUUAAUAGAGUGGGUUUUCUCAUUUAUUUGCAUGUUCGACUUGAUUGUAUGCAUACAUAUUUUAGACAAACGGAAAGGUAUUUCAAUUUUAAUUCAAUUGGGAGGAAAACCUUGUACAUUGUUUGAUAUGUUUUGUAAUGGAUUUUUAAUUCAUGAAGCAUUUUUGUACAUUGUAUGAAUAUUAAACAGCAAAUAUUUGGCAUAUAUACACUUACUGUAUGUGUGUACAUAUGCAUAUAUCCACACAAAUAUAUAUUUGAAAUGUAUGUUUGCACACACAUACAUUAUGUAUAUGUGUGCGUGUAUGUAUGUGCCCGCAUGCUUUUGCUCAUGUUUGCUCAUGAUCUAGGUGUUAUUAUUUUUUAAUAUUUUUUUGCUUUUGUUUAUUUUACCUUUUUUCUUAAAGAAAAGCUCGUCUUUUUGCAGCCAUUUCCUGGUUAGCAGUAUAGAGCACUUAAAAAUUAAAUAAAGUUGAUCUUGUUCAUGUUAUUCAUUGUGUGAAAAUAAAUGAGUUUAUUGAAAGAUGAAA